AUAUCAUCCGUUCUUUCCUCUCUCUCUCCGUUUGGCUCCAUUACAUGUGACAUUGUUGUUUUAGUGUGUGACUUGUUGUGUUGUCCCGGAGAGAAGAAAAAAUUGAGUGUCAGAAAUAGAGACGGGAACUGCAGGAAGAAGAGAUGAUGGAGUCUGACAAGUCACUGCUGUCUGCGGAGAUGAAUGCAGAUAUGGAGGAAGUUCUGUAUGAGCAGAUGCUGAUGAAGGCCAAACAAGAAAUACAAAGCAGAUUGCCAGACUUACAAGAAACAAAGCAGAUAAGACCCCAGCCAGGUUUCUGCAUAAAAACACGCACUUCAAAAAAUGCCAAAAUUUUUAUUAACAUCUGCAAGUCAAAUCAGAUCCCAGCUCCCCCGGACCUGUCUGAGCAGGAAUUAGUCAGUAUCCUGGAAUCUGAUGAUCCCUCUGGGUAUCGAGUCCCCAUGAGCCUUGGCGAGCCCCACGUAGAAGUUGAUAAUAGUGGAGGUGGCUGCACGGCCUAUGACAUAGUGAUAAACAGCACGUUCUUUGAGAAAAUUAAGCAGAAUAAUGAGCUUUUCAUGGAAUUCUUUAUUACUGUGGCAAUGGAAGGACUUGAGAACAAGUAUGAAAUGGAGCUCUCCAGAGAAUGGCGAAUGCUUAAAAAUCGAAAGUUCAUGGGCUCCAUCUUUGACCAGAAUAUCAGAACAAAAUCCAAACCCAUGAUCCAGGAAAUGGAUACAAAACCUUCCCAGGUCACUCCAACCAAGCCCCUCAUCUCGGAAGUUGAAAGUUCUCCUGUAAAACCAGAGUACACUAUUGUGGCAGAACCUCCUGAAGGACACCCCAGUUUUCUAGUGGCUGAAAUCUCCUUACCUAAAGUGUCUUCUGCUAGAUCUCUGGUACUCGAUUUGGGGGAAGACAGAAUUGUUUUAGUUGGACGUCCUGAUUUGUAUCAUCUAGAUAUCUUUAUUCCUUAUAAUAUUUUCCAAGAACAAAGUGGAGCUCAGUUCAACAAAGACACUAAGGUCCUGACUAUCACAAUGCCGGUCCAGCCAGCGUAGCAGGUGACUCGACUUUACAAACCGUCCCUCUUUAUAGAUCCAAUGGAUCCGACUUUGACAUUGCUGCUUCAUGACUGUUUACAUCAAUGUCAAGCAUUGUCUUUGGACUACAAUAUGACACCAGAAUAAAUAUUUGUUUCUA